CUCAUGAUGAGGAUUCAACACCACAAGAUCAAACCAUGGAGUUCUCUACUGUUAAAAUGCCAUGUCCAGUGUGUGGUGUGGAAGUGAAUGACCAGGCUAUCAACACUCACCUUGACCAAUGCCUAGCUAGUGCAGAAAAGAAAUCAUCAUUACGAAGAGCAACACCUAAAAGAAAACAUAUGACCAAGCUAGUUUACAACAUAAUGUCAGAUAAAAAUUUACGGAAGAAACUCAAAGAAGAUGGUCUGUCCUGCAAGGGCGAUAAACAGACACUGAUAAACCGACAUCGUGAAUUUGUGCUGAUGUAUAAUGCGGAAUGUGAUUCCUUAAAUCCAAGGCCAGUUGAACAGGUGAUAAAAGAACUUGAAGCCCUAGAAAAGGCAAAGCAAACAGGAGUCUCUAGCAGUAUACGCAAGGAGAGAGUUCAUAUUGAAAAGAACAGUUCCCCUGCCACGAUUAAAAGUGUCCUACAAAAUUAUGAAAAGGCACAUAAGUCUCAGUUUGAUGACUUGGUCAAUGCGGCCAGGAAUAGUCGCAAAACUAAAGGUGAGAAAUCACAUCCAGGGAAGAAAAGUGAGAUUCCAACAGAGGAGAGUGAAAACGAAAAACCUGUCGCCAUGGCUACGGAUGUUACACCUAGUCAUGUGAUGAAGUCUCAAAGAGGAAGGUCAUAUGUUGAGAGUGACUCUGCUAGUCCUUUAGUCCAAACAAGUUCUUUGUCAACAUCUUGUCCUGUGGAUAACUUGUUAGGAGGUAAUUCAGGUGUAGAAGGUAGCUCUGAUGAUCAUUCGGUGCUAAAGAAUUCCUCGUCAUGUCCUGUAGAACACUCAUCGGAAAGUAAUCCAGAUAUGGAAGGUGAUCCUGUUACAGAAAUAAAUUCAGAGUUGUGUUCUGUAACUAACUCUCUAACAGAAAACUCUAACAGUAAUUCAGGAUUAGACAAAAACUCCCCAACCAGUCAUACACUCCCUAGUCCUAGUACAGGGUCAUCAGAAAUACGGAUAGAAAGGACACCAAAGAAAGUGAGAAGACGAAUACAUAGAGAUAUCAUAACGUCCACCCCAUCACCAAGAAAACUGGCUGGCCUGGGAUGUUCCCCAUUAAAGAGUCCCAGCUUACCAGCUGAUCUCAUUGUACCACCAUCACCAGGAAAGUGUGCACUCUUCGUGGAAGACAGCGAGUUUGGAAGUGACACAGAGGAUCAACUCUUUAAGAAAAUCAACUCGUCUAUAGAUACUUUUUCUGAAGAUGACCAAGAGGAUGAUUGUCGAUCUGACUGGCCUGCCCUGUCCCAAACUCCCAUACCUCGGGAGCAGGAUGGGGCCGUUCAAAGUGUGGAAGUGGAAGACACGCCUUUGUUUGAUACUGAAGUUGUACACAACACAUCCCUACGGUCGCGUCACGUAUCUGGGCUUUCAGUUGAAAGUGGUGUUUCCACGGGUAGUGAUGAAUCUUCUAUAUUGUGGGUCUCGUCUCCAGUAACCAUGAAGAUUGGGACCAGAAGACAGUCUGAACGAGUCAAAGCAGGAAAUGAAGAUCAGAGGAGGAGUAUAAAGGAUAGCCGUGAUGAGAAGAAGAAAGGAAACGCAAAGAGGAAGAGAUCUACUGGGUUCUGUAGGUGGCAUCGCAAAGAGGAUCAAACGCAGAAGAUGAGAUAUAAAAAUCAGAAUCAAUGGCGUUCAAAACAUAUUUGUUAA